GACUCCACGAUCGAUCAGCCAUGACUAUCGGUGGCGAUGAAAUCAGCUACCUGCAGCAUGUCACGUUGGAUCAUGAUUCUCCAGAGCCUAUCGUGGAGGGGUAGACCGCUGUUACGAAGCAAUACUUAAACCUGGUAGAUCCUCCUCCGCUCUCCAUCUCCUCACCCCUUGCGCUCCGCUCCCUCUUUGUCCUUUCCGUCCUACCCCUCCAUUCAUCCCCUCCAUCCGAUCAUCAUGGCGACCGCAACUCUUCUCGAGAAGUCCAACAUCGGAGUCUUCACAAACACCAAGCAUGACUUGUGGGUCGCAGACGCGAAGCCCACUCUGGAGGAGGUCAAGAGCGGCGAAGGAUUGAAGCCUGGUGAGGUUUCAAUCGAGGUUCGCAGCACGGGAAUUUGCGGGUCCGAUGUCCACUUCUGGCAUGCAGGCUGCAUUGGGCCUAUGAUCGUCACAGGAGACCAUAUCCUGGGUCACGAGUCCGCGGGCCAAGUCGUCGCUGUUGCGCCCGAUGUCACCUCGCUGAAGCCUGGCGACCGUGUCGCGGUCGAGCCCAACAUCAUUUGCAACGCCUGUGAACCCUGCCUGACAGGUCGCUACAACGGCUGUGAACGCGUCCUCUUUCUUUCAACCCCUCCUGUCGACGGCUUGCUGCGUCGCUAUGUCAACCACCCGGCCAUUUGGUGCCACAAGAUUGGUGAUAUGAGCUAUGAGGAUGGUGCGCUCUUGGAACCUUUGAGUGUGUCGCUGGCGGGUAUUGAGCGCAGUGGACUUCGUCUGGGUGAUCCAUGCUUGAUCACUGGUGCUGGUCCCAUUGGCCUCAUCACCCUGUUGAGUGCUCGUGCUGCUGGAGCUAGCCCCAUUGUCAUCACCGACAUUGACGAGGGUCGGCUGGAGUUCGCCAAGUCGCUGGUGCCCGAUGUCCGCACCUACAAAGUGCAGAUCGGCCUCUCUGCCGAGCAGAACGCAGAGGGCAUCAUCAAUGCCUUCAACGAUGGAGAGGGCUCUGGUCCCGGUGCCUUGAGGCCUCGCAUCGCUCUGGAGUGCACCGGAGUGGAGAGUAGUGUUGCGUCUGCCAUUUGGAGUGUCAAGUUCGGUGGCAAGGUCUUCGUGAUCGGUGUAGGCAAGAACGAGAUGACCGUCCCGUUCAUGCGCCUGAGUACUUGGGAGAUUGACCUUCAGUACCAGUACCGGUACUGCAACACCUGGCCCCGUGCGAUCCGUCUGGUGAAGAACGGUAUCAUCGACUUGAGGAAGCUUGUGACACAUCGGUUCCCCUUGGAGGAUGCUAUCAAGGCGUUCGAGACGGCCGCCAACCCCAGGACCGGGGCCAUCAAGGUCCAGAUUAUGAGCUCCGAGGAGGAUGUCAAGGCUGCUUCCGCUGGUCAGAAGAUCUAAACAGCCAUUUCACGAACAUACCUCGGACGUUUCGCUUGGUGGCUGGUCACCUUGAUACCUUUCAUGUUGAUGACAUGCUUUCCUGUUGGCAUUUGAUGAUGAAUAUAUCAUGUAAAUUUUCUUUCAUCUUUGAUGACUUUGCUAGAGAUACAGCAUAGAUUGACGUAGAAUUUCAUUCCCUGUCUGUUGCAGCCCCUCUGGCGCCUUGAUUAGAU